GUGUGAUGAACAUUUAAUAAUUGGCAUGUUAUUUCCUUAUGAAUUUCUAUCCUCAUUUCUCUCUCUUUGUGUCCAUAAUAUUUGAAACAAUCAACUGUACUAUAUAGUAGGAAAGUCAACGCUAUUUUUACUUAUAAAUAAGCUUUGUUGAGUUUUAUGAGUUAUGUUUGUAUUUGUGUUAGAGAAGUUGAAGAAAGAGAGCAUAUAGCAUAAGUGAAAUGAAGAGGAGUAGAGAUACUGAGAAAAGAUCAGAGAUAAAUUCAGCCAUUGAAGAGCUUUCUGUUCUUGUUAUAGUCAAACCAGCUGAUGUAAAUCAUGAAGCUGCAGUUGCACAUAUCCCAACCAAGCCUUUUCUAUCUCUAUGUUACAUGAUUCUACAAUUUCUUGAUAAGGUAGGACCUACAAUGGCUGUUUUGAGACAAGACAUUCACCAGAAUAUUAAGAGAUUGGAAGCUAUGCAUGAAUCAAAUCCCUUAACCAAUUCAAAUUUGGUUGAGAUAUUGAAAUCAGAAACUAGCAAAGGCAAUGCAAAGAAGAGGAUUAGUGGCAGUAAAUCCUUUGUUUGGCUCACUAGAUCCUUGGAUUUCACAUCAGCAUUGUUUCAAGCACUACUAGUAAAAGAUCCGAUAAAGAAUAUGGAACAAGCGGUUCAAGAGUCGUAUGAAGCAACUUUAAAACCAUGGCAUGGAUGGAUUUCAUCAGCUGCUUUCAGAGUGGCUAUAAAACUAGUGCCUGAUACUAAAACAUUCAUGGAUCUACUCAGUGAAAAAGAUGAAAACUGUGACACCGUAACGGAGAAAAUGCAGAUUUUGGUUUCUUUGCUUGUGCCUUUUCUUGAGGAUGUCCAUUGUAUUCUAAAAGUGUAUAAAUUGGACAGGCUUAAGUCAAAUUGAAGCUAAGAUAGAAAAGAUGAUGUAGAACUUUGCUUAGUGUAUACUGUAUAGUUUAAUUUUCCUCCCUCACUGUUUUCAUGUAAACUACUUGUACAGUAAAAUUUGUAUCGACGCAGUUCUUAGUUACAGGUUUGCAUCCA